GGUAUUAUCAUUUCUUCCAGUAUGUCGGUUGUCAUAAUUACAUAAGAAUUCCCUUCUUUCUGCUGUGCCGUUCUUGCUUUGUUGUUGUUUUCGGUCCAAGAAGCAAACGGAAGCCGCGGGUGUCGUGGGGGGCGGGCUGAACCGGCUGCUUUCCCGCUGAGUGGCGUCGUUGGGCGGCCGGCAGCUCUCAGCUCAUCUCACUGUGGAUUGUGGGAGUCGACGUUCGACCAAGCGCCAGCUACAGCCAAACAGCGACAUUUUUACGCCCUUGCACUCGCCCUUUUUUUUCACGAGCGUCAGCGGACUCGUUGGGAAGCAUGUCGAGUCGAGGAGGCAAGAAGAAGCUGACCAAGACGUCACGCUCCACCAAGGCGGGCGUCAUCUUCCCGGUGGGCCGCAUGCUGCGCUACAUCAAGCGCGGGCUGCCCAAGUACCGCAUCGGCGUUGGCGCGCCCGUCUACCUGGCGGCCGUGUUGGAGUACCUGACCGCCGAGAUCUUGGAACUUGCAGGCAAUGCGGCCCGAGACAACAAGAAGGGUCGCGUCACGCCAAGACACAUCCUACUCGCCAUCGCCAAUGACGAGGAACUCAACCAGCUCCUGAAGGGUGUGACCAUUGCGGCGGGCGGCGUCCUGCCCAACAUCCACCCCGAGCUCCUGGCUAAGAAGCGCGGCGCCAAAGCUAAGCUGGAGACGCCCCUGUCGCCCGCCCCGGAGAAGAAAGCCAAGCCGGCCAAGAAGCCGCCCGGCAAGAAGGCGGUCGGCAAGAAGGGCGCCGGCAAGGCCAAGAAACAGGGCGAGGCCAGCAAGACGGCGUCGGCCGACAGCACCACCGAAGGCUCGCCGGCCGACAGCUUCACCGUCCUGUCCACCAAGAGCCUCUUCCUGGGUCAAAAACUCAACCUCAUCCACAGCGAGGUCAGUAACUUGGCUGGCUUUGACGUAGAGGGGGUCAUCAACCCCACCAACGCCGAACUUGAGCUAAAAGACGAUCUAGGUGCUGCCCUAGAAAAGAAGGGCGGCAAGGAGUUAAGUGAAGCUGUGCUGGAGGUCAAGAAAAAGAACGGGCCGCUGGAUGUGGCUGGUGCCGUAUUGACCGCCGGCUUCGGCCUUCCCGCCAAGUACGUCAUCCACUGCAACAGCCCGGCAUGGGGCUCGGACAAGUGUGAGGAGAUGCUGGAAAAGACUGUGAAGAACUGUCUGGCGUUGGCCGACGAGAAGAAGCUCAAGUCAGUGGCCUUUCCGUCUAUCGGCAGCGGAAGAAACGGGUUUCCCAAGCAGACGGCGGCCCAGGUGAUCCUGAAGGCCAUCUCCAGCUACUUUGUGGCCACCAUGUCGUCCACCAUCAAGACGGUUUACUUUGUGCUCUUUGACAGCGAGAGCAUCGGCAUCUACGUGCAGGAAAUGGCCAAACUGGAGGCCAGUUAAAAGCUUUGCUUAUCCUUUUGUUUCCUUGCGAGACCAGGCGAAUCUUUCGAAACAGCCCGCAACUUGUUUUUACGUUACCUUUGUAUUUUUUCCUAUCUGGUUUUUAAUUUUCCUAAAAAAAAAAAAAAAGAAAUUAUUUUCCAGACACACUGAGCUGACCUUUGAACGCAAACAGUGUGGACUAGAUAAGAAAAGAGGGUUUCGUUUUCUGAAACGGGUAUAUGCAUGUUAACAGCAGUAUUGAUAGUGACUUAAGAAAAAGAAAAAAAAAAGUUCACCUUAGUUUUCAUCGCGCUCGUAAUCGUGCGUGUGUCUUGCCCCGUUUCUGCCAGGGAAACUUAAGUUAGCUUUUUUUGUGUUGUUGGAUUUCUUUGUGCUUUGCAAAGAACCUUUUUUAAUUUCACUCCAAAAAGAGGAGAAAUUACGUACAAACCGACUGUUCCUAACAAUCAGGUUCAUCUGCAGUUUUUUUGUUUUGUGAGCAGGGCACUGUUGGUUCCUGAAGUUGUCUUUCUAUCAAUGUUUCUAGAUGGAGUCUUUGUGGAAAAGUUCUAGUUGAAAAUAACAUAGCUGGUUAUGUUGUAUUUUGAAUUUGCACAUCCUAAAAAGGCACGGGUUCAUUUGGAAGCCACCCGCGGCACACGUUGUUCUUUAUGUAUGUUUGUGUUUUGUCCCCAUUAAGCCGUACAAAGCAAAAAUUUCAAAGAACUGAAGUUAGAGGUGGCGUAACUGCUGUAGCCGCUAGGUGGCGCACUACGAUCAGGAAUGGUUGAGUACUCUUGGAAUUUGGUUUUCAUGGAUGUAAACUGUCGAAAAUAAUUUUCCACUUUCUUACGAUAAUUGAGAGGGGAAAUGCUUUCUAAAGAAAUACUAUGUACAUUUGCUGACUACAUACAAAAAAAUUAAUCUGUACACACUCGAAUAAUAAACUAUCUUUGAAAACACCCCAAAA